AUGGUCUUGGCGUACUUGCCGGACGUACUUGUUGACCAAUACCCCGCCGGCACGAUUCUAAGAGUGGUCAAACCGCUCUACGGCAUUGCAGAGUCCGGCGUCCGCUGGUUUGCCACGUACCAACGACACCACGUCAACAACGUGAACAUGUCACCUUGCACGUACGACCCAUGCCUCCUAAUUGCCAACGGCGAAAAGGACGAAUUUGGUAUGGUUGGCAUGCAGACUGACGACACGUUGAUUCUGGGCACGAAGAUGUUUCUCGCCAAAGAAGAAGAAGAGAUCCAGAGGGCGAAGUUCCGCACGAAACUAACGGUAACACUUUCGCCUGAAACAUCUUUCGAGUUCAAUGGCUGCAGACUGUCCCAGGAAGGGAGGUACAUCCACCUGAGGCAAAAAGGUCAAGGAUCGAAGAUCAAGCCUAUUGAUCUGAACGACCAGAGCAGGGCGCAGAGAUACUUAGAGCAACGUGCACGAGGUGCAUACAUUGCAUCAAUCUGUCAACCCGAAGCCGCCUUCGACCUUUCCGUUGCCGCACAAGCCCAGAAGCCAAAUGACAGAGACCACAUCCAACUGAACUCUCGCCUUGAAUGGCAAAUCAAGAACCUCGAUCGAGGCCUACACUUUGCGCCAAUCGACUUAUCCACGGCAAAGCUUAUGGUCUUCACUAAUGGUUCAUUUACGAACAAUCAAGAUCUUUCUUCGCAAUUAGGAUAUGUACUGGCGAUCGUGAAUGAGACCACCGGCGAUGACUCCUUUACGAUGACUAGCAGCCUAAUUCAUUGGAGUUCUACCAAAUAUAGAUGA